CGCACAGCAGCAUAUUGAGAUCCACCGAUUGACGGAGGGGCCUAACGGUACACAGCACAGCACCCAGCAUCGCCGCAGCAGUACCGUCACUGUCUCUGUUACUGCUACUAUUAAAAAACAGCAAAGUUCUACAGCUGUUAAUAAUAGGUAGACAAACAAAUAAUGCCCAUCAAGCUGGAUUCCAUCCCUUUGACUGUAGUUUCCAUCCCUCUCCUCUUUAGCGCGUCGUUAUAGCCGUGCAGGUGACGGAGGGAAACUCCGUGCGUGUGUGUGUAUGUGCGGUAACUGCUAGUUUGACUAGUGCUGAUAUCAUAAUUAUUGCUCUAUGCCAUAUCGCUCCGUUCAACGAUUGUUAUUCGUUUCUAGUGAACGAGCAACACCCACAUUACUCACCAGAACAGAGCUCUGGAAGCGAUAUCAUGAACCAAUGGUAGAAAGAGCUUCAGAGCUCGUUAGAGCAGUGGAUCGGUUAUGCCGUGCGGUGAGGAUCAGCUGUGCUUUUUGUUAGUGCCCGAGGAAGUAGACAGAUACCGAACGGGAAAGGCAGGCUGGCUUUUCGUGUAAACAUCCGCCUUUAAUAGUUACCGUUCCAUUUGCUUAAUUCUUUUGUUACCAUCCUGUACUCGUGUAUGUGUUGAUGUGCUCCCUAUCUGGGCGCGAGUGAUUGCAGAUGAUUCGCAAUGUCCGGUUUUUGAGAACUUCGGUCCGCGCGCGUGUGUGGCCUGUUACUGGCAUUACGUUGCUGUUGCUGCUGCUGCUGCUGCUGCUGCUGUAACAACUUCGACCUAUUUGCUACUACUUUGAGUGCCUUCUUGUGCGAAUUAUUAUUGUUACAUUAUCACGUCAUCGGCUAGUGACUAUAGGUGCAUUAUCUUCAAGUUGAACUAACAACGCAAAAAGUAAACCAGAUGAAAUACUUUUUACGAUUUGAGCUUAUUUAGUGAGUGGAUGUUGCGCGUGUCUCAAGUGCUAUGUAUCGUUGAAUAAUGAGUAGUGGGCGAUGCUAUCAACCGCGGAAAGACAGGUGAAGUCAAGCGUACAAAGCGGGCCGGGCCGGGGGCAACCGGGAGGCUAGGUGGGCAGAAGCCCCAGAGGCGACGGCACCGGAUGCUUCCGGGAAACAUCGUAAUUGCCCCACCACGCAGUGCAACCGAGACAUUUGCUUAACAACCAUCAUCACGCUGCCGCCGCGAUGGUCAACGCCCUCGUGGCGUCCAUUCUGUUCAGAAUUGGACUGCCAGUUGUGGUACUUGGUGCGACAUUAUUUCGUUACAAUGCGCUUUCAUUCGCUUAUUUAAUUUUUCUACUUAUAUCGCCACUCCUUUCGGGACCUUCUAGAAAUGCUCCACUUUCUCGCCGAACGAAAUACUACCUGAUAACACUGGUGAGCGUAUCGUCUGUUUUCUGCGCGGCGCACAUCGUCUACCAGGCGGUCCUCUUCUCAGUCAAUUCCUAUGAUGACCCGCCACCUAGCGACUGCGCAUUGGAACAACGACUUCUGACAUUGUUUGGUUUACAUCGUCUCAAUGGUAUUUCGUUUAUCGACUGCGUCCGCCUGGUGGCAGCCGAUUUUUUCGUCUUCUUGUUCUCCAUACUCGUUUACGUCAUAUGCGACAAACCUCAACCACAGUAUCUACAGGAGCGUAACAAUGCGCAUUCGCCCAAUCAGAGUUCGACUAGACAAAACCGGUACUUUACCUCUUCGUUUCUAUUCUACCUAGGAGAACUUGUUGUGUUGUUGACGAUGGCGGCAGCCGGCAUCCUGCACGCAUCCUUGUUCUCGCUGGUCUACUUUAUCGCAUUUCUCGGCGUGGCAACAUGGCUGGGAUGUUCGAAGACCCUUAAAGAAGGCUAUCGUACACUACGAACGCUACUAGUAUUAUUUGCCGCAUUUCACUAUAUCGCUUUGUACAUCUACCAGCUAGACUACUCGCAAGAAUUUAUCGCGCCUGAAAGUUUGCAUGCGAGAUUAGUUGGCUUCGUAGCUUUGCGCAAACCGGCGUGCAAUUCAUCUUCGGCUGACACAGUGGACAAUCGAGACGUUCGAGACCUGUCGUUCAAUGAUAGCAACUGGACUCUGUUCGUGCACCCGCUCAUAGUUCUUUGGUUCUACUUUUCAGCGUGCACCAUGACCCGUCUAGGAAGACCUCAUAGAACUCAUGAGGCUGAGAAUACAGCGAGCGGUGGCGGUGUUAUGGGCGGACUACGAACAGCCGGCCGACGUUCACAAUCCAUUUUUCCCAUAAGUUUAAGCGAGUCAUCGAAGAGGGGCUCGCAACGAAGUCACUCUUCACCUCCCGUACGUAGGCGCAAGAGUGAACGACUCGAUUCAAAUUUGGUCGAGAAUGAACAAAGGAAUUACGACAGCAUGAGCCCGGCGCAUCGGACGCUGGCGAUUGAAAGCGGCGUUCCCACUACGAGUGCGAUACCGGGGACUGCAUUUUGGUAUUCUGGGGGGCACGACGAUGCCGUUCAGGAUAACUCACACGCUUCGCAAUUGCAGUCGCAACACAGUCGAACAUGUAGCCAACGCUAUGGCAAAUGGAAACAACUGUACGCCUUUCUACAACAUUUUGUCGGAUUCCUGUUUAAAGGCAGCUACGUAAUCACAUUGAUUAUAAUGAUGGCAUGGAGUAUCACAUAUCAUAGCUGGCUGACAUUUGUCCUUUUGUUGUGGUCGUGCCUUCUUUGGAUGAUGCCUAACUCACGGCAAGCGUGCUUACGGAACUCACCUGCUCUCGUCAUCUACGCCGAAAUCCUACUUCUAUUCCAAUUUAUUUAUUCGCUAAACCUCAAUGAUGAAGAACUACCGGUACACAUUGGCAAAAUUAACCUCAACCAGGUCGGCUUUGUCAAGCAUGGAUACAACAGUUAUCGCGCGCUCGGUAUUAAAAUUCUCUAUACAGUCGUAUUUUGGCUAACGCUGCGCCAAUAUGUGGAGCACAAGAGGGCAAUGGCCAAAAAUAACCAAGAUGACCAGCCGCAUCUGUACGAUCAACUUCCAGGACGGCACGGAUCAACGUCGACAGCGUUGGCAGCUGGGCCUGCCAAUCAAAUCAUCCGGCGCCUCGGCCAAUUCUGUCGCAACUUGCUGGUUCGAGUCUGGAUUUGGGUGGUGGCUGUAAUGUUGUUCGUUAUUUCCCUCGGUGGAGAUCAGGUGGUGCUCUACCGAAUCGUGUACAUGGUUCUGUUCCUAUUCUUCAUACUCGUAUAUCAGUUUUCGUAUCGGAUUUGGAUAAAGGUGAUGUACGGCUUCCUAUUGACCGUUAUCAUAUACUCAAUGAUGGUACUGAUUCUAAUCUACACCUAUCAAUUCGAGAAUUUCGCCGACUAUUGGGAGACGUAUCUACACGUUUCGAGAGCGAUGCAGAAAGAUAUUGGACUGGAGCUCUACGAUUCGGAUCCUGGUUCACUUUUGCUCAAACUGUUGACACCUACAAUAUUUCUCAUUGUAACAAUCAUUCAGCUACAUUACUUUCACAAGGACUUUAUCCGUCUCAACAUGCAAGCGUGGGGUGAUCGUGCACCGCACACAGAAUCAACAGCUUCGAGUAGUAAUGUUUCGCCUAUCGAUGAGCGAAUACAGAUUGAAGUGAGCUCGAAUGCAGAUAGUCCUCAACCGCCAACUCCCGAUACGGUCAUAUCUAAGGAUCGAUUUGAAAAAGAGCGCGAAAACAGGAAACAAGAAAGACAAGCAGCUAUAGAAGCCGGAACUCGAAUACAAUCGAUGAGAGAGCGUCGUCCGUCCACAGACGUUCAACUAACUGCGAAACUCAAGCUGGAGAAAAUCAAGGCCUACCUCAGUGAGUUGGAACGCGUGGUCUGGCGUUUGCUGGAGAUUCACAUGGCCAAACUGAUGUUUCUUGCUGUAUUCCUGCUCUGCGUCUACGAUGUAUGCGCUAUGCACGUUUUAUACAUGGGGCUCAUUGUAAUUGCUCUGCCACUGCGGAGUCUGCACCAGUUUAUGGUACACUGUUGCGCACUGUGGACCGCAGUGCUUCUAGUAUCGAAAAUGAUCUACCAACUGAAGUUUGUCGACAGCAUGGGAUGGGAGACGACGUGCAAAUCAGUCUACGGCUUAAAUACAACCGGUCCAUUUCCAUAUCCUUUCAACAAGACUAUUGACAACAGGGAGUGGAUCGGCUUUAUGAAGACAUCACACUUAACGGACUAUUGUAAAGGCUAUAUUGCGUUGAUUACAAUGUUCACCCUUAACGCAAUGGUGAAGACCCAUCAGUACUUCGACCGCCACCAGCGGGGUCUGCCCGAUCUACCGACGGGCGUCGUAUGGCCAGAUGUUACCCGUCGCAUGGCCGACCGCGACUUCUUCGGCUGUGUCAAGUUCCUCAUCAAUUAUGCUUUUUUCAAAUUUGGUGUCGAGAUGUGUCUUGUAACAAUGGUGGCCUGUAUUGGGAUCCGCUUGGACGUCUACGCAUUGCUGACGGCGUUCUGGUUGUGCUGCAUGUUUCUUCUGCGACGGCACACAUUGGCCCGACUAUGGCCGUUUUAUAUCAUCUACCUGUGCAUCGUAAUCCCAUUGCAGUAUCUUGUUUCAGUAGGACUCCCUCCAGGACUUUGCAUAGAAUAUCCAUGGUACAGUGAGAAUGACAAAAUUAAAGAAGCCGUUGAAUGGCUUUUCCUACCGGACUAUCGGAACCGAGUGGCGCAUCGAAAAAUUCUUGUGGACUGCUUCCAGUUGAUUCUGUCGUGCUCACAGCUUGUCGUAUUUAACAUCGAAGCAACAGAGGGAACUUCAUAUCCCGCUGGUAGUAAUAGAGAAAUAUACGAUCCUCGUGGCCAGUUCAUUGGUGAGAAGCCCAACCCCAUCCCAUGUUUCAUCGGUGACAAAGCCUACUUCAAUCGGGUAAAAACGGGCGUGUUCUUCCUAUUCUAUUGGGUCACGCUGGCUGUCAUGUAUCUGGCUGGCACCAAUCGUAUUUCACUAUUCGCACUGUUCUACAUACUCGCAUGCUUUUUCUUCCUCUGGAACGGCAACGAAUUCUAUCUGAAGCCGAUAAAAACGCUGUUGAGUUGGUGGAACUCGCUUCUUACGUUCAACGUGGCUAUUAUACUUUUGAAGUGCAUCCUUCAGGUGCUCGGAUGCGUAUAUUCACAAGAUCUGGCAUAUCAUACCUGCUGGCUCGUACAACUGCUUGGCAUUGCUUGCCUGAAAAAACUUGGUCCAAAACAAGUAAUUAAAAUUCCGGUGUCGCCUGAGAAAUGUCUCGCUCCAACGACCGAAGCGGGUUUACUGUGGGACGGCAUCUGUUUUGGAUUCCUCCUACUGCAAAAACGCCUAUUUACGUCGUAUUACUUCCACCAUUUGAUCAUUGAGAUUCUGGCUCAACAAGAACUCAGUUCAAGGGGAGCCGAAGUAAUUCACUUUCUGCGAAUGGAAAAGGUCAAGCAACAACGUGAAGGUGAACGUGAGAUAAUGGAGAAAAUUCGAAUGAAAAUGGAUCGCAUUCGAGAAAACCAGAGGAAACAGCGCGAAGGUGAAUAUGUCGAGCCGGAAACCCACUAUCAAGCCAUCCGAUCGGGAGACUAUUACCUGUUCGACGACGGCGACCAACUCGAGGAACCGCUUGAUCUUGCAGUCCGUACAUCAAGGGAAGAAUCGAGCGACGAUUUUGAUGUCAAAACGAAGGGUCUGAACGCUGUGCUGUCAAAUAUCAUGAAAGGACAGUCCGCAACGAUGGUUAGAACUAAAGCCCGCACUGAAACCGGCGAGGAGAUAGGAGACUCGUCAGGAAUGAGUGCCAUUAUCUCUAUUGAUCGCUCCGUGCGAUCCGCUAGCCACUCACAGGCAUCAACUGCCGUACGAUGGCAGGUUGCGGGGGGAUCGCGUUUAUUGGACCCUGUACAGCCAUCGACUGUGAUCUCGCGACCAACGGCAUCGACGCCGUCGAUUCAGCGGGCCGCUGUUCAGCUCCCGCGUGGACAGCGACAUACGACAGAGAGUGGAACAAGUGGCCUAUCUCCAGCAUCCUCAAUGGCCGCAGCCGUACUGGCAGAUAGCGAGAUAGCCGGUGCUGAAGCACAGGAGGAACCCAUAUUGACGUGGCAAGAGAAGUUGGCGAAGUAUCUCGCAAUUGCUAACACUCUCGUAUCUAGUAUGUUGGUGAGCGCUACCGCAAAGCUCCACUCAUUCUCCGGAGGCUAUCGAGAGGUUGCCAAACUUCUGGACAAAGACAAAGAGCUAGUUAAGCAGCGUUAUCCCGAUGGGCUGGCGAUAUUAACCGAAGAAUAUCAAAACCGGUCUGCUCGGGUACCUGUUUACAAAAUAUCCAACAGCGAGGGACUUGCGCAGGAACUCCUACAGAUUAAGAACGACCUAAGCGAAGACGCAUUAUCCGGUAACACCGACAAGCGCGAACCACUUCUAGCACAGUUCUUCACUGCACUUGUGUACGCUUUCUAUGCGCGAACUGAGAUCGUGUGUUACCUCGGUAUCGUCUACAAUCAGAUUAGCACAGCGACAUUGUUAUCUCUUCCAUUGCCAUUCAUGGUUUUCCUCUGGGGCUCGUUGUCAGUUCCGCGUCCAUCAAAAACCUUCUGGAUCACAAUCAUCACGUAUACAGAAGCAAUUGUUGUUGUCAAAUACCUGUUCCAAUUCGACUUCUUCAAGUGGGACUCAGGAUCGUUACGAGGCACUACGUUUGAUCCGCCGAAAAUGCUCGGCAUAGAAAAACGCAGUGGAGAUUCGAAUUACGCGCUUUACGACCUUAUGCUACUCUUCCUCGUAUUUUUGCAUCGAUUCGUGCUCAAAAGCCUAGGUCUUUGGAAGGACACGGAUCGAAGCUUCGUCGAUGAUACCGACGAUUCAGGGUCAUCCUCCGAUCGCCUUCAAGUUACUGGAAAAGACGUGAGUGACAAAAACACGAAAAGGGAGGAUAAAAAGGAGUUGAAAAAAGAUAACGGUAAAGACAAACACGGCAUCAUCAAAACAGUUGCGCUUCAUGGCGGAACUGUUGUCGAUGGCGGUUUUCUGAAUCAUCACAUCUUGUCCGAAAACGAUGAUUGUAUGGACGAAGAGGACGACGACGAAGCCAUCGAUAUAAAGGUCAGCUCUUUCCUUCAAGGUAUGCACUACUACCUGGCCCCAUUUAAGUCGUUCUUCACCAAUCUGCUUCACCCACCCUAUCAGGUGGCAACGGACGUCUACGCGUGGAUGUUCUUCUGUGACUUUUUCAAUUUUUUUGUAAUGGUGUUUGGCUACUGGGCGUUCGGCACCGGCGGUAACGAAGAGGGGGUUACGGCCUACUUUGAGAAAAACGAAGUUCCUAUCCCUUUCCUUAUCAUGCUGCUGGCCCAAUUCGGCCUUAUCGUUAUCGACCGGGCCCUUUACCUCAGGAAGUACAUCCUUGGAAAACUAAUUUUCCAACAAGCGAUCGUCGUACUGAUUCACAUCUGGAUGUUUUUCGCUUUGCCAGCCAUUAGCCAGAAGAGCUUCUCGGAGACGGUUCCUCCGAAACUGUGGUAUUUCACCAAAUGUGUCUACUUUCUUCUUUCAGCUUAUCAGAUUCGUUGCGGCUAUCCGACACGCAUUCUGGGCAACUUCUUUACUAAAAAGUACAACUACCUCAACUACUUUCUAUUUAAGGGUUACAUGAUGGUACCCUUUCUCUACGAACUACGUAGCUUGAUGGACUGGAUAUGGACCGACACGAGUAUGGUCCUGGUAAAUUGGCUCAAGAUGGAGGACAUAUUUGCCAGCAUAUUCAUGUUGAAGUGCCAGCGUCGUGCCGAAGAAGAAUACCCGACGCCUCGAGGCGCGAAGCGGUCUUCGCUCAUCAAGUACGGUAUGGGUGGAACCCUAUUAUUCCUGAUCAUCCUUAUAAUAUGGUUCCCGUUGUUGCUCUUCUCCCUUGGAAAUACUGUGGGCCACUCGCUGCCACCGGACGAGUGUCAGAUACAGCUCAGUAUCGGCGGGUACGAGCCGCUCUUCUCGAUAUCGGCACAAAAGAACAACAUACAGAAAAUUUCUAGCGGCGACUUUGAGGAGUUAUACCGAAGAUACAAGGACUAUAGUCGUGCCUUGAAUUUCCUUGCUAAUUACGACCAGAGCGAUGUUGUGAUAGCGAUGCUCGACGGCAACUCCGCCGCCGUUUGGAGCAUAUCGCCACCGUCGAGAGAGGCGCUCCGUAAAGAUCUACUUAAUGAAACCACCCCACUUGAACUUAAGGUCAAGCUGACUUUCUACAGGGAGAAGAACGAUUCGGAUGCUGACCCGGGCAAAAAGUCUAAAGAAAAGCCGUUUCAUCUGACAACGACACUUGAGGACAGCAAGGAAUUUGCAGACCAAAAGGCGCGAGAGCAGAUGGCAAAUAUGUUGUCUAGAAGUGCGAACAGACAUAGCGUAAACAACACUGGUGAUGAUAAAUUCGCCAUUUUGCCGCCUCUGUUACCGAAAUUCAUACACGUGCCUCGAAAGGGUUCGGCAAAGAGGGUCACCUAUUUUGAAAGUGAUCCCGAUUCAAAGGCGUUGCGUAACCUGCAAGUGGAGUUGUUGUGGAGCAAAUCGAACGAAACUGCGCAGGGUGAGUGGUGGGAGGUUCGCGCUUUUCCCUGCUCAAAGGAUGAUCCGUACCCCUUCAUAUCGAACCUCGACGUCUGCGCCUACCUGACUGUAGUCAUUUUCGCAGAUAAAGUCUUCCCACAGGCGCUGUCUACUAUCUCAUCUUAUGGAAUUGUCGGCUUGUAUACGACAUUCGUCCUGCUCGUGUCCCGUUUCCUGCGCGGCUUUAUUGCCAAUACUUCGACGAGAAUCAUGUUCGAUGACAUGCCGAACGUCGAUCGCAUUCUUCAGCUCUGCAUGGAUAUCUAUCUCGUACGAGAAUCGAAGGAGUUGGCACUCGAGGAAGAUUUGUUCGCCAAACUCGUUUUCCUCUACAGAUCGCCUGAGACACUAAUAAAGUGGACUCGAAUGGUGCCUCCUCAGCCACCAGCGGCCAUCGAACAAUCUAAUCAGAGUCGCAGGGAUCAAGGCCCGGGUAGGGAUCAGCCGGGACAGAGCGGCGCUACGAUGGGAACUGUACUCACCCAGCGGAGACCGCAGCAGGCUCAGUAGCAGCAGUUGUACUGUCCGCCGCCGCCGCUGUCGACAAUUAACUAGAUAGUUGAUCUAUCAUUAUUUUAAUAGUAAUUAGUACUCUUCUCGUUACUAACAAUUAAUGGGCAUUAAUCGUAUGUAGGGUAGUUAUUACCAUCGUAGUUCAAGCGACAACAAAAUUUGUUUUGGGGCGCGGCAGUACCCGUGAAGGGCGAUCAAUGGCAACAACUGAGAAAAGAUCUAGGAGACCACUUAUACUAGUAGAAAAAUGGCAAGGGGAAACAGUUCAUUUUGCCAAAUCACACUUUAUAAAGACUGGGUAGCUAGUUAACUAGACAUUAUUACUACUGUCAUUACGUAGCUAUUAGACAAGUUAUUCACCAUAUUGAGUAGAGCGAAUAUUACUCGAUAGGCGCGGUAACUUAAAAGUUAUUUAGAUAUCUCUUUUGUAUAAUUUCUUGUACAAGGUAUAGCCGAUGCAGCGUAAACGACAAACGACCGCAAAAAACCAUAGGGUGGACAAAGGGUACCGUGCAAUCUAGCAAACGAGAGCUUUCGUCAUUAACAUUAUAUAUAUAUAUAUAUAUAUAUAUAUAUAUAUAUAUAUAUAUAUAUAAAA